ACCCCCUUACUCUCCACUCCACAGCUCACUCCCUCUCCCCUACUCGCCUCACCUCGACCUCCGUCACUUCGAGCAGAUCCACAAACACAACAACCAGCUUUGCAGAAGAGUCCCCCCCCAGCUCUUCAAUGAAGUGUUUGUUUUUUCUUUCAUGAUAAUGAAUUGGUCUGUAGGAAUUUUUUUCUACCAUACUCCAUUUUUUAUGAAACAGUUUUUAAAGGAAAGCCAGAAUCCCACCUUGAUCUUUCUUGUUUAGUUUUGCAGACAUUAUUUUUUGCCGCAAAGACAAGCUGUGGAUUUAAUUUUUCAUCAAAUUUCAUUUAUUGGCCCUUUAGCGGAUAAAAUAAUAGACUGAUGUUGUUUGAUGCUGACUGACUGAAUAAGGAACACAAUUUGUCUCCUUUCCUUCCUGUAUACUUUCAGUGACUUAAAUUCCAUCAGAGCAAUCAUCUGUCAUUAAAUUGCUUUGACACACAACAUGUGGUCAACCUUUAUUGUGAGUGAUGAAGAAGGCCGAAUGGUGGCCCCGGGGGCGGCGGGGACAGCUGGAGGGUUAGCAGGAGGAGGACCGGCGUCGGGUGCAGGAGGUUUGACCAGCUUGAUGGGGGGUCGCAGCACUUUUGGUGGAAAGCGCCGCAGGACAACGUCUAUGGGACAUGGCAUGAGUGAGGCUCAGGAGGGAAAGAUCAAGUUGGCGUUCUUCGUGGCCAUUGUGGGCGUCGUCCUAACUGUUCUUGGUGUCGGGACAGAGUUCUGGGUGGAGCUGGCACCCUCAAAGAGUUUCUACAACAAUCAGUCCUGUUUAACUGCUCACUUGGGCCUGUGGAAGGGCUGCACCAAGACCCUGUGGGUAGCUGACAUUGACCCAGAACGAGAGAGCUGCGGACCCGCUGAGCUGCCGGGAGAAUCAAACUGCACCUACUUUAAGUUUUUCACCACAGGAGAGAACGCUGUGAUGUUUCAGAAGACAACACAGAGGAAUCUAAAUGUAGCGGCAGCAAUGCUGUCCCUGUUCAGUCUGUUCCUGAUGGUGAUGGGGACCAUAUGCAUCGGCAUGGCUCUCAGUAAGGAGAUCCUGUUCUUCCUUAAGCCCGCGUCUAUCUGCUUUAUUCUGUCAGGGGUUCUGGUGCUCCUGGCCAUUGUCGUCUUCCACCAGUCCAUCCUGGCGUUCCUGGCCAGUGAUCACACCGUUCCUCUUCACCACGAGCUGUCCUGGUCCGUGUCAUGUAUCGGCUGUGCUGGAGCCAUUCUCAUUGUGGGCGGCGUUUUCUUCCUGCUGCUGGCUUUGCCCUGCAGCCCCUGGCAGAGGUGUUUCCCACACAAGGACAGUGGCAGCUAGAAAUGGGGAAAACAGUUCUAGCUGCAGAGGAUUCUAGGAGCAGAGGAUCUGCUAAAUGUUUUCCAGACUGGUUUUUGCAGAGUUCAACUUCUCUGUUGACCCUAGAGGAACUGAUAAGUAUUUCUCUGAACCAUUGUAGCUGCAGCCCUGCAUUUGCCCCCUAUUCUCAUUUUUUAUAUCAAAAAGUGCCUUGCUACCUUAAUAAAAAUGAAAAUUUCUGUCCCACUUUAGUAAUUACAUACAGAACAAAUCCCAGAGAUUAAAACAAAUGUUUUUUAUGUUUACUUUAUUUAUAAAGAGGGAAAUAAAGCUGUUGAAACCAGA